ACAUUCACACGUGAAUGAUGUGCCCUCUGCUUGAACCCGUCUUAAUGUCCUCAUCGCUGAACUCAUCGAUGACUCACCGAACACUUCUUUCAUGGCGUCCUGGAACACACGCUGAACUUUAUACAACUAUCAGAAAGGCUCCAAGACAUAACCAUGCUAGGGCAGAGUUCUGUAAGGGUUGUAUUAUUGGCAGUUGCAGUUGGUUUGUAUCUCAUUCCCUCCCCGAUUGAUCCAGAGCCGUACAUAUUCGAGGGACCCCCGCCUGCUCUGGAGGGCCCUCUGGCAGUGAACACACGGCUACAGAGAGGUCGACGGCUGUUUUCUGGUCAGCUCAAAGGCCCGGAGUCUUUUACAGCAGACCAGAACGGAAACAUCUACACAGGCACUGUUGACGGGAAGCUGUGGAGAAUCAACAAGGAAUCCCUCACUUUCAUCACUCAGAUGGGCCGGAACAUCCCUGAAUGUGGCACAAGUACGGACUAUGAGCCAGUAUGUGGUCGUCCACAUGGUCUGCAAUUGGACCGUGAUGGGCAGCUUAUCGUGGCUGACUCUUACCAGGGUCUUUUCAAGAUUGACCCUUGGACUGGAGAGAAGACAUUGCUACAUUCCAGCAAAGAGGGAACUGAUGGGAUUCCCUUUGGCUUCCUAAAUGGUCUGGAGAUUUCAAAAAACGGAACCGUGUUUUUCACGGACUCCAGCAGUAAAUGGGGAAGACGUCAUGUCCGUUAUGAGGUGUUGGAGACGAAUCAUCUGGGUCGCCUUCUCUCAUAUGACCCUGUGACCGGUCACGUUCGGACAUUGUUGGAUUCUCUCUACAUGCCUAAUGGCUUUGCCUUCUCACCUGAUGAGGACUUCCUGCUUCUGGCUGAGACCAGUAUUGGACGUAUUAUUAAGUUCUGGUUGAAAGGACCUAAAGCGGGCACUAAGGAGAUCGUCCUGAACAACAUGAUUGGUUAUCCUGAUAACAUCCGCCGCAGUGACCGUGGCACAUUUUUGGUUGGCAUAUCCACCGUUAGAUUCCGUGGCCGACUUUUCCCACCGUUCUUGGAUCUAAUUGGUCCGUACCCCACUCUUAAGCGCUUCAUAGUAAAGCUCAUUCCUCUCAGCUGGUACAAUGUACUGUUGCCCAAGUACGGGCUGAUUCUGGAGCUGGGGCCUGAUGGAGAGGUGAUUGACAGCUUACACGACCCCACGGGCAGCCUGACGUGGGCUGUGAGCGAUGUCUUCCGGCAGGGGGCACACUACUAUCUGGGCAACACUGACCUGCCAUUUCUUCCUGUGCUGGAGGAGUGGAGCUGAUCGUCUGGCUGUCUUACAAGUGGACUUAUACAUGGGAAAAGUAGGACUUUCGAUAACCUUUCGUAGAUAAUGUAAAAUUUGAAUUUUAACAAUGCACUGCAGUCUUGUGAGAAAAAUACAUGUUGUCGUAACUGUGAAUUCUGUGAUUUAAAGAGGACCUAUUAUGCUUUUAUACUUUCUUUAGUGUGUAUGUUACUGUUUGAGCAUGAAAAAGGUCUGCAAAUUUACAAAGCACAGUCACUCCAGCAGGAGUUAUUGUCUACAUCAGUGUCACUGUUUCUGAACUCCCUGAAAUGCAUUGAUUGUAGUCUUGAGUUUUCUUCCAGGAACAAACACGUCACACUAUUCCUCAUUUAAAUAAUUCCCACCCAAGGUAUACACAAAAUAAAGGGGCGGGGCCUGGUUGAGUUAGUAGUGUGUUGAAACUCGCGGUUAUGGUAAGGGGCGUGGCAUUUCCCAAACACGCUUGAAGCGGUUGACCAAUCACAACACACUGCUCCAGCCGACCAAUCAAUUUUUGGAAGGAGGGGCUUUAUAGAGACAGUAACUAAACAGAGCGUUACUGAUAGACUGGGAAAAGAGCAGUGUUGCCAAGUCCACUGUUUUCCUAUGCAUUUGAGCUACUUCAACACUUUUGCAGCGGGUUGUUUCAUGUUAUUUUACUAGGGGAACCCCGCCAAAAACAUGGAUUUUACCUCCCAUAACACGAUUUUUACUGGGGGACCCCCCCUGAAACGCAAUUGGGCUAAUUUUGAGUAGCAAUUUGGUGGGUUGUGUUGUGAAAACCUGGCAACCCUGAAAAAGAGGUGCUGCAACAAUAUGUGAAAAAAAGUUUUUUUUUUUUUUGAACAUUCAAGCAUGAAAAACAAUUCUAGUAAAGCACAAAAACAAAAGCAACACAUUGUAAAAUAACAUGAUAUGGCCUCUUUAAGUAUAGUUAAGCCAUUGUAGUUUGUUUAACAGACAUUUUAACUGUAUUAGUCAAGGGGAAGCAUCACAUUCUGUUUUGUUUGUUUUUCUGCACUGGCCAUAGAAAUGUGGAAAAAAAUGUGUGCAAAAGUAAUGCAAAACAGAAAUAUGCAAUGAACUUUCAAGCAACAACCCAAAUAUAACAUUUAAAAAUGUGUCAUGUAUGUAUCACACUAACAUAAAAUUUGUUUUUUAAUAAAAUAAUUGCAUUGCAGUUAGAUUAUAUAAUAAUCAUCUAAUUGUGAGCCACAUCAAUUGUUUGGUUUAUUCUUUUCAAAUAUUUUAAAAUGAUUCAAGCAGAAAAAAACAACAGCAACAAAAAUAAUUUCAGAAUGCUUUUAUCAAUCAAACACAAGACAAAAGUCCACACCAACCAUAGCAAUGCUACUAACAAAUAUAAUGAAAGAAUUAUGUGCAAAACAUGUCAGACAUGUUGAUCACAGACUGGAAAGUGCUUCACGGAACGGAUAUAUUGAAGUAUUGUGAGAAAGACCUUUUCAAACGCACAUCUUAUGCCUGUCCACUGUCUCUCAGAUCAUUUUGGGUGAUUUAAGAUAUUGCCAAUUCCAGCAGAAGAUUGUUGAAGGAUACAUAGUAGUCUGAAAGUAAAACAGUCCCUUAAUGCUUCAAGUUUGAGUUGCUGUGAAGCAACCCAACCACAGGAUUUCCCUCAUAGAACAAAAAUAAAUAAAUAAUAAAAAAAAAAA